AUGGACGACGAUCUGGAGUCCACCUUCCGCAACGCCAACAUGGACUUCCUCGACCCAACAAACCUCGAAAUUUCGACUGAAAGCGCCGGCGGAGACUUUGAUGAUUUGUUCGCCAGAGCGACUACUUCCCGUCAGAACGGUGCCUCGGGGCCCUCGAAACCAUAUCAGGACCAAAACCCCCUGAGGCAGGUGUCUGCUUUUGCGGCUGACUCCCCAGCCGAAUCGCCCGAUGAUUCCAGUCGUAGUUCUUCGUCCGAAUCCCCGCGAAACCACCUACGACAAACCUCGAUUGCGUCCACAAACUCCGCCGCUCAUAGCGAGAAUCCUAUGGCUUCUGUCAACUAUUCGGAAGACUGGAUGCGCCCGGAAUUAUCGUCUGUCAAGGAGGAAUCACCGUUCAAUAUUGAGCCUUCAUUUCCUAUGGAUAGCGGAUUUUCCAUGGAUCCCGAUCUCGAGGUUAGCAACAAAGCGAUGGAUGCCGCCUUUGAUUUUGAAAGUGCGGCCAGCAGCCCCAGUCCGUUGAAGUCCGACCAUGCCUCGCUACCGAGACCACAAAAACGCCCUAAAUCUCACCUAUGGAGUCCUUCGAGUAACCACGCUGGGCUUUCAUCCGAUGCCGCAGCUCCGGUUCAUGCGCCGGGAUCCCCGUUUUUCGCUUUUGGACUCAAUGGCCAGUCACCUUACUCAAACAACAUGCAUCAUGAUUUGGAAGGAUCGGUUCCGCAAUGGGGUGGACAGUCGCCUUCAUCUCUUCUAGAAGAAAGUUUCGGAGGCAUCAACAUGAACCGGCAAUCGCCUCUCAACGCCUCCCUCUCGCCCAGCAUGAACUUCGGCUCACCCGCAGCAUACCCGUUCCCUGUCAACUUCGCUUCCUCCCCAGCGCAACCUCCGAUGAACUCCGCAACCCCUCUACAGCACGUUCUUACAGUGCAUCCGACUUCCCUCAAAUCUCGUGUCGAAACCCAGAUCCCCAUCCGAUUGACCCUCUCUCCUCUUCCCGCUGGCGUUAAGAAACUCCGCCUUCCCUCACACACCAUCUCGAAACUCAAAUUCCUCGCUCCUCCUGCUACCGAACCCCUCAAUGACACCCUCCAACUACACACAAGUCUCGUUUGCACAAGCGCCAUGCAAGAUCGAGAAAAGAUGAAGCGGGCAUUUGCACGGACAAGGGGUGGGCACUAUCAACCAACUUCAGAUGAUGAGCGUCCAUUAGACGGAGGUGACGUGAAGAUCUGCAGCGGAUGUAUACAGCGAGAGCGCAAACGUGCUUCCCGCAAGAAGCAACGGAAACCUGAGGAGGACGAAUUGUUCCAGAAGGAUGAGGAAAAGCGUGUCAUUGUUUUCAACACCAGCGAAAUCAAGGAGUGGACAGAGCCAUCGAAGAACGCCAAUGGCAGCUAUGGUGACAUCGGAUCAGCACCGCCCGGCUCUAUGCAGGUAGAGUUGCCCAUGCGAAUCGCUUGUUACUGCCGGCACCAAAACGAGAAGCUCGGAUUCCAGGUCAUUUUCACCGUUAAAGAUCAUGCGGACAAUGUGGUUGCCCAGGCCAUCACUAAUUCGAUUAUGAUUACCGACGACCACAAGACCCAGGCUCCUUCCGCGCCUGUGCCCGCUGGUCCUUCGCCUUCACUUGCGGAUGGGACACAGCUUCCAGGAAUCGGCGUGUUCCCCUCGGGGCAGAAUAUGGAGAACGGAAAGAGUCCUUUCGCUGGGCCCCAAUCGCCGACUGAUCUGCAAGGUCUCCAGCAAAGGUUCAACUCUCAAUAUCAACUUACGCCUAGUUCAUUUGCAACUCACGGCUCGGCAAAUGGAGCCUCGGUGAACUCGCAAUCAUCUCGAAGUCUCUCUAGAGGAGCUUCGCCAUCUGAAUUCCAAGGGCCACAAAGCAAACGACGCAAGCACAGCAGUUCUGGAAGGCUACCUUCUGAACUGACGAUGACACGUCUUGAGACCCCUCAGUCAUCUGCCUCAGCAAUGAAUAAUGCCGCACAAAUCGCAGCCGCUCGUGGCUAUGCUUCACCAACCGAACGGCCUUUCGUCACACCAUCUUCGAUGAACGGGCAGUAUGGAAACGGCCCCCCGACUCCCAACCAAACCAAUGACAACAACCCCUUCUUCAACCCUACUCCCGCCCAGCGUCAAAGCUUGGACAGCCUGGCUCAAGUUCCUAUGGGGUCUGCACCUGGCUCUGCCCACCCUAGUCGUCCUGGGACACCGGGUGGCUCAAAUCGCAAUGGCUUCCAGGAUCCAAACCUCGCUCUUGGACUUGGUGCGAACUCAUCAAGCCAGGUUUGGCCUCCACUUAACAAUGCUCCCAAUAGAUUGCCAUCGGUCAUUCACAAGUUGGUGCCUGCCGAGGGCUCAAUCACUGGAGGUACUGAAGUGACUUUGUUGGGUAGCGGAUUUUAUCCCGGCAUGGAGGUUGUUUUUGGUGACACACUUGCAACAACCACCACGUUCUGGGGUGACAAGUGUCUCAACUGCCUGACUCCCCCUGCUCUCCAGCCAGGUUUGGUGUCUGUAGUCUUCAAGCACGAGCACCCGACAUUUGGUCAAGUUCAGCAGCCUCAGCCCCUUAUGCCGAAGCAGCAGCUGUUCUUCCGUUACGUGGAUGAUCGUGAGCUUCAAAUGUACAGGUUGGCACUCAACAUCCUUGGUCAGAAGCUGGGAAGCCAGGCGGACGCAUUCCAAACGGCUCAGCAGAUUAUGGGAAGCGAUCCGAAUGCCUUCUUCAACAUGCAGGGUGACAUGCAAGGCAACUCUACUGGUGGUCAGCAACGUCAAGUCCCCGGACUUGAAAACCAGGGCAAGCUCAGCGAUCUUGACUCUAAAAUGCUGACAUACUUGGAAUUCAUUGACUUGGACGACAGCCCACGUUCUCCACGGUACAAUGCUCGCAGUGCUACAGGACAGAGUCUUCUUCACUUCGCUGCUUCUUUGGGACUGACUAGAUUCGUUGCUGGGCUUUUGGCUCGGGGUGCCAACCCUGAUGUCCAGGACAACACCGGCAAUGCGCCUAUGCAUUUGGCUGCACUCAAUGGCCAUGCCCAUAUCGUCAACCGCCUACGUCUGACCGGUGCCAACGCUAAUGCCCGCAGUGUUCGGGGCUUCACUGCCGCCGACUUGGCGACAACCCUUGCAGCACACCAGGCUGCCCUUCUUCCAUCCCGCCACCACCGGUCUCGCAGCGUUGGUUCCCUCACAUCUCGUCGCCGGCAAAGUAGUUCAGCUUCGCUCAGCUCCAUGUGGGAGGUUUCAUCGGCCUCGGGCUCUCUUGGUCAUGCUGUUGAUGAUUCGGAGGACUUUGACGAUGAGGAUGAUUCCAGCGAUGAUUCAGACUCGAACUCUCUUCACUUCCCCUCUUCGCGUCGUUCGAGCAUGCAUCAAGAUGUUAUUCCUCCUGUUGUGGAUAACAGUGAACAAAAUGCUGCACCUGGUCAUGCGCGAGCCUUUGCUCCACCAGCCCCUCUUGUCGCUUGGCGGGAUCAGCUGGCUGUCCAAAUCAACCAGUUCCAGCACAGCGUGGCGAAUGCUUGGCCCACCAUUCCGGCUCUACCCCAGAUGCCUGCAAUGCCUGCGAUCCCCGCAAUUCCUGCCCUUCCAGAUUACCAAGGUCAGGGCAUGAUGCGCCGCAUCACCAACCUUGUUCCUCACCGGCCUGCUGCUCGCGAUGGCUGGUGGGAUUACCUGAAAGGUAACUCGGCACCAAGCCCAACCCAACCACCAUCAUACGAUGAGCUGUAUCCUCGCCCAGGGAACAAUGCCGACGACGACAUGAAGAAGACAUCUCUCCUUCGCGCCGCAACCGAGGCAGCUCUGGAUCAACAUUUCGAGGCCCAGAGCGAGGUCCAAAGCAGCGCUACCGGCGUGGCAUCAUCAUCGGCAUCAGCUUCUGUUCCUGCCUUGGCUCAGGUUGACAAGGAAGAGCUCAAAGAGGUGACGAUCGGACGCAAGGUCAUCUCGCGUGAGCAACAGAAGCAUCUCCGAGAACAACAGGCCCGACGAAUGAAGGGUCUAGGCAACGACCGCAACCUCUACUUCAUUUGGAUUCCCCUUCUUCUUUUGGUUAUUUGCGCAUGGGUACGCAAUUAUGUACCCGGAAUCUGGCAAGGCGUCACGGACAGCUUCGAAUUUGUGAAGGCUCGCUCUACACAGCGGGCUGUGGAAAUGGGCAUUUAG